AUGGGUGCCUACGGUAUGGGGUUCCCCGACAACGGGGUCGACAACCAGGGCUGGAAGCUGUACAUUACAUCUUUGGUCAUGAUCAUCACAGCAGGCCUGUUUGUGAUCGCCAGGUGCUCCACGCGUUUUUUCAUGCACAAGCUGGGAUCCGACGAUGCGGCUAUCGUUGUGUCUCUGCUGUCGUCAGUAAUCGUCUCUGCUGCCAUGCAGCUGGCGGUACAGAACGGAUACGGAAUGCACAAGGCCGAUCUCACGAAACCAGAGCUACGCACAGCUCUCAAAAUGUUCUUUAUCGCGCAGACUCCUUACAAGGUGACUGUCUGUCUCAACAAAGUGGCUGCCAUUCUUCUCUACCUACGACUUUUCCCUACCAAGAAUUUCCGCGUUGCUUGCUACGUCGUCAUGGGCAUCAUUGUCAGCUGGAGUAUUGGUGGAGUUGGUGCAACCAUCUGGCAAUGUGUUCCCAUCGAGGGAGCCUGGAACAAGGCGAUUGAUGCCAAGUGUAUCGACUCCAACAAGUUCUGGAUCGCCUACGCCGUCAUGAACAUUCUCACAGACAUUAUGGUCUUGACUCUUCCGAUUGGCUCCAUUAUGCGACUUCAGAUGAAUAUGCGAGAGAGGCUGAUGCUCUGCGGCGUCUUUCUUUUGGGUGGCUUUGUCACCAUCGCAUCCAUCCUUCGAACGACGUCGGUACAAAACUCGCUCAAGAACAAAGAAGACAUAACCUACAACUUUAUCGAGCGUGGCAUGUGGACGUUGAUCGAAGCCAACCUCGGAAUCAUCAGCGCCUGCUUGCCUGUUCUUCGACGACCUUUGGGCAAGCUGUUCCCACGCAUUUUCGGAUCUACGAAGAAGAGCUCCAACUACUUUAGCGGACCUGGAGACCACUCGAAGGGAUAUAACCUGUCCAAUAUGUCUGCCAGCGCCCACCCGAGCUUCUGGAGGGGCACGACGAGAACACAUCAGGUUGUUUCCGUCAGUGGCCCUGAGACAACUACUGGACGAAAGAGCGACGAGCGGCGUAUCAUUGAAUCGUUGAAGGGGAGUGACGCGGAAAGCGAUCCUGAUAGCCAUGGAUCUAGGGGUAUCGCAAAGAGGGUGGAUGUGGUGAGAACGUCGUUCCACGAGGCGGAUAGGGAGUAG